AUGUUUUCCAGAGGGAUUCGUCAAUCACGUAAUUCUCACGGAAUUUUGGGACUUCGACCAUCGUCCAAGAUACGACCAGCUUCUUGCAGAGAGUGGCGCAAGUCUCUGUCCGAUAAACAAAUUUCGAGUAAGGCCCAGAAAAACUCAUCCAGCCCUCCGAGGAAUUCGGGAAUUUCUUCGCGAGGUAUCAAAUCAGAUAUUUCCGGCCAUACAGCCUCAGAGUCAAAACACAGUCCUUCAAAUCCAUUAAAUUCAUCCUUGUCGAGUUCUGAUGCCGUGUCCGUUGAUAAUAAGGAGACUGAAUGCAAUACGAUCAGUCGAAAUAAAUUACAUGAAAUAGGGGAAGCUGAAACUACAGAUGCAAAUUUAGAUGAAGGAAAAUUCGGGACAGUAAAUAAAAAAGCCGAUGGAAACUCAUACCACCAACCUCAAAGUCUACCCGACUUAACUCAAGGCAUCCCCCCCUCAUUAGAAUUUUCCGCCAAUCAAAGUGUUGGAGCCCAAAAUCUAACUCUAAUGAACAAGAAACAACCUGAUGGAUGGAAUCGCGGUCGGGAAGGGGCCCUCCCAGCAUCUGCAUACGUAUCAUCGUCAGAAAAAAAGCGGUUAAAGGUUGCGAAUUACUUGUAUGGUGCAUUCUUUUUGCUAUCAUUUUCAGGAACGCUCUACCUCGGCCGUAACUGGGGCUCAGAAGAGGAAGAAAAGGCUCAUCAAGAUACACCAUCCGGAUGGUCAUUUCAACUCAUUUGGAAGCGCGCAAAAGCCCGAGUCAAAGAUGAGCUUAGUUACUACCAUGAACCUGCUUUCCGAAAACUUUUGCCUGAUGUGGAGCCUAUGUUUGAAAGACCAUACACUCUUGUAUUAAGCUUAGAAGAUCUAUUAAUUUGUAGUGAGUGGUCCAGGGAAAAUGGCUGGAGGCUGGCGAAGAGACCAGGAGUGGAUUACUUCCUAAGAUACCUUAGCCAAUAUUUUGAACUUGUUGUCUUUACCAGUCAACCGUCUCAGUUUGCUGAGCCGGUUAUCAGAAAGUUGGACCCUUAUCACAUCAUUAUGUGGCCUCUUUUCCGAGAGGCAACCCUAUAUGAAAACGGUGAAUAUAUCAAGGACCUCUCUUACCUUAAUCGGGACCUCUCAAAGGUUAUUAUUAUAGAAACUCACGAAGAUCAUGUAAAGAAACAACCAGAAAAUGCUAUAGUUUUAAAACCUUGGAAGGGUGAUCCUACAGAUAAAGAGCUAGUGUCACUCAUACCAUUCUUGGAGUACAUCCAUACUAUGGCCUAUACAGAUGUUAGACAAGCCUUGGCAUCAUUCAAAGGCAAACAUAUUCCGACUGAAUUUUCAAGGCGUGAAGUUAUUGCUCGAAAGAAAUUCAAUGAACAACUAGAGCAAGAAAAACAGAAGCGACCCAAGCGAUCCGGCGUGGGCCUCCUUGGGAAUGCACUAGGAAUCAAGCACCAAUCAAUGAUGAUGAUGGACCCUCAAGAACAAACCCCAUCUGAAGCAUUUGCCCAAGGUAAGAUGUUACAAGAUCUAGCACGUGAAAGAGGCCAAAGAAAUUAUGAGCUUUUAGAAAAAGAAAUACGUGAGAAUGGAGAAAAGUGGUUGAAAGAAGAGGCGGCCUUAGAGGAAAAAUCGAAAGAAGAGAGCAUGAAAGCUAUGAAGUCAGGCUUAACUGGCUGGUUCCAUGGAAAUCAGUCUGAAGAUUCAAAAAAUUAG